AUGUAUGCAGAGCAAAUGGAAGAUGCUGAAACUUCGAGUCAAGUCGCCGGCGAUGUGAUAGGCAACACAGCAUACAGCGAGCGAUUUGUUCUAAAAAUUUUACUUAAAUUCGCUAAUUUGGAUACAUUAAAAGAUGAAAUAGAAAAACAAUCAUUUAUAGAUGAUAUUUGCGUACUGUGGGACAUGACUACCGAGAAGGACGUUGUGUUAUUUCUGCAGAAACACGAAGUUUUAAAACUGAUCAAUUUCGCUCUACCCGUUAUUGAACCCUCAAGAAUUAUUGAUGUUAUUAUCGGCAUCAUUGGAAAUAUGUGCUGCCAGAAGGAAGUUGUAAAUGUUUUGAUGAAGAUGGAAGGUUUAUUAUCUAUGCUUAUGUGUCAUAUAAACUCAGACGAGAGUCUAGUAUUAAUUCAAUUGCUAAGGUUAGUGAGCAGUUGCUUGUUUUUAGCGAACGACGAGGAAAUCGAAACUUGGAUGAAUCUGUUCGAUACUGUCGAUUAUUCUGCCGCUUUAUACUUUAUUCUAAAAAAUUCAUCACACUUAGACCUAAUAUACACAGCCUUAGAGAAUUUAAAUAGUGUGUGUUCAUAUUGUAAUACUGGAAAGUUUCGCACAAAAUUCUAUUCACUCUUUGUCGUACCAAAUGCCUUAGACUGUUUGACUGCGGCCUUUACUGAGAUUGCAGUGAAUAGGAAAGAAACAUGUUGUAACAUCAGAUUAGAAAGAGUUCAUAUUAUAAGUCUCCAGAUAGUACUAAACUUUGUUGAAUUUACGAAUGCAUGCGAAAUAUAUGAGGGUAGUAAAGAAAAUGUCAUCACUCUUAUAAAUGUAAUACUAAAAUAUUAUGAAGAGAAAUUUAUUGUUAAAAAAGAAAUAGAUUCAGAUUUAAUUGAUAUUCUAAUGUCAACGAGCACAAUUGUAAUGGAAUUAAAAUUGAUUGGGUUACCGGAGGAUUAUUUUAAACCAAGUUACAAUAUGUGGAAAGCAACAUCGUCUAUUUUACAUACUGAUAAGGAUGGCUCAUCUUUUGAAGAAAGUGAUAAAGAGGAAUUAGUAGAUUUUGUAGACAAAGUGAAGUAUCCUUUAGCCUUGAUAAUAUGUUAUUAUAUAGGGAAUAUCAAAGCUGAUAAUUUUCAACUAGACAUAGAUAGGGUAGAGGAACUGUAUGACGAAAUGAAAAUAUGGGUAGAUAAUGGACCCGUAGAAACCGACAUGUCAAUGUCUCAAAGAGUAAAAAACUAUGGCAAUCCCAAAAACUAUAGAAGUCGUCCGAGGAAUUAA